AGAUGGAUGAUGACCUCUAGACUUUCCUGCAGCAACACCUGGUUGCAGAGGAAACCACUGAUAAGAUGGAAAUAGACAAGAUGCACCCUUCUAUAAUGGAGGAAGGUGACAGGCUGAAGUGCACAACUGUGUCACCAUCUGUGUUUGCUUGCCCUGUCUGCCCCAAAUUCACAACUAAAAGUGAAAGUGUCGUCCAGAGGCACUUGCUGAAUCAUGUGGCAAAUGCAGUGCAUUUCAAGGAAAAGAUCAUCUGCAGAUGCAAUCUGCCCUGCAGAGAUGGAGGCCAUUUUCACUGUCCAUUCUGUGGAACUACAAUAAUCCGGAAAGACACCAUUAUGCCCCUUCUUAUACAGUGCAAAAAUAAAUGUGAUAUGGCCCAGCUCACCUUGGCUCCACCUUCUCAACCGCCCUCACCAGAGACCCACCUUACUGUGUUAUCAUCAUUGAGUGUUCCAUACACACUCCCACCUUCUGUGUCAGUCGUCUGUGUCAAAAUUGACCAUUCCUACACACAAACAGCAUCCCCGAAGAACCCAGAUCUAUCUCAGUCAACCCCAGCUCCAACCUCAGAGGACCCCACCGCUCCAAAGGAAGAAGUAACACAGGAUGUGCCACCAACCCAUGUGAGGUGCCCGCACUGCCCAUUGGUUUUGUACAAGAGGAAUUUGUUUUUACAUAUCCAAAUGAGUGAGUGAGUGAGUGAGUGAGUGAAGCCCCCUACCACCACCACCACACAAACAUAACAUUCAAAUUUGUAUUCAUAAUGUUGAUA